UAUAGUCGAGUCCGCAAGUGGUCAACAGACCAACGCGCUCAGGGCUCUCUUCGCCGGAGCCCCAAAAGCGAUGGCCCUUCCAUCCAUCCUCCUUGCGCGCAUUCCGCGCCCAAACCCCUCUCUCUAGAACGUUCCCUCUCUUAUCCUGCGCACCUCAGAUAGAUACUUUCAAGAAACCUUUUAAUUGAAAGGAAUCAAAUGCCUAGGAUGGGUAUCUAUUGCUGUUGUCUUAGAUCACAUGACGAGAACCAAAUUUCUUAUAAUUGUACUUUGAAGUCAGCUCAGAGAAGCAACUGUGGCGUUGUCCGGUCUCCUAUGUAUUAGAGCCGCUCAAAACCCUUUCUCUUAAUUUGGAUGGUGAUUUUGCAAGUGCUUGAGAACUGUAGGGUCCCUGCUAAGGCAUCCUAGCGCACCACAUCCGCCAAAUACCAUUUUUCAGAUUAAUUGAUAUCCCGCUUACACUAUGCCACCUAUACAAAGGCUGUACAAUACUUGCAGAUCAUCGUUCUCUACAAAUGGACCAGUAUCCGAAGAAGCUCUUGAAAAUGUUCGUUCUAUGUUAGGAGAUAUUCUAGAAUGUGGCCCAUCUAGCCUUAGCUCAAUGUAAUGGACUUGUUGAUCAGUCGUCGAGUAAUUCCACAGCGAAGACUUUGUCUUGCAAAUGUGUUUGAAAGAUAAAAUCAGGCCUUCUGAUGUGGGUCUCGAACAGGAGGUACAAGCGGUACGUGGCUCGAAAAGUUCCACACAUGGUAUGAAUGGAAAGAAAGGGCGCAAUGGAAGCACCCAGUAUCCACCUGCCAUCAAAUAUCUCCAUUUACAUGAAUGUGACAGCUUUUCUAUAGGAAUAUUCUGCAUGCCACCUUCGUCUAUUAUACCCUUUCAUAAUCAUCCUGGAAUGACUGUGUUGAGCAAGCUACUGUAUGGUACAUUGCAUGUCAGAUCAUACGAUUGGCUGGAUGUGCCUGUGCCCGUCGAUCAAUCAGAAGCAAGGUUAGCAAAGCUUGUCAGAGAUGAUGAGAUGUCUGCACCAUGUGGCACAACAGUUCUUUAUCCGACUAGUGGUGGCAACAUCCAUUCCUUCAAAGCUGUAACACCCUGUGCUAUCCUCGACAUUCUAUCACCCCCUUACUCUUCGGAGAGCGGGCGGCAUUGCUCUUAUUUCCGGAAAUCUCCGAGAAGGGAUCUUCCAGGCGAUGUUUGUAAUAGGCAUAUGGCGCGACGGACGCAGCAUCAUCUGAGAGAGCUAGGGUGCAUCGCAUGCGACGAACUAUCGGAAUUCGGAGCUGGCAAGGAAGGUUGGCUCGUCGACAACCCCUCCCUCCUCUCCGCUCUCGAUUCACAUUCCCUUGCCCUGGCCCGUGGCUCUCUCGUUCUCAUCGUCUCCUGGAACGACGACGACGUUCACAGCUACGGUUCAUCUGGCCCGAUCAAGUUCCGCCCGUCUCUCUCCCCCACUGAAGGCGACAUCACCGCCGUCGAAUGGCUCAUCUUCGAAGAUCUCCGUGUCCUGGCCCUCGGUACAUCCAACGGCUAUCUCCUCCUCUACUCCUUAGGAGCCGAGCUGAUCCACAAGCAGAUGAUACAUCCUGGAUGUGUACUGAGGUUCAGAGUGCGUGCAGUUAAGAGUACUUUUACAGAAGAUGCACCUACCGAGGAGGUCUGCGUUGUUAUGCCUGGUGUAGUUGCACGUUUUGAUGGCUCUGAUGUUCAGAACUUGCUCCAACGAUGGUCUCAAGAAUCACGUUCAAAUCUGUGGGGGCAAAGAUUUCAAAAGAGAGAAACAGAAGACUUGGGGAAUUCUUACGGGAGAAUACCUUAUCAGCUGUGGAAUGUUAGCAAGUUUGGGCCAUGUGCUGAUGCAGCAAUUACUGGGAUAAUGCCUCCUCCACUAAUGGAGAUUCAGUCAAGACAACGUUAUUAUUGUGCGGUUACUGUUGGAGAGGAUGCUGUGAUUUCAGCGUACAGGCUUUCAGAAGACAGGAACCGAUCUUUAGUUGGAGCUAUUCUGUCAAAAGUUGUGCCUGCAACAUUUUCGACAAUAGCAUCUUUCUCCAAAAUGAUUUGGCGGAGUGAGCAACCCUCAAAAAAACAAUCAGAAGCUAAGCCUCAGCCAUUUGCUAAAGCAUCUCCUCUGACAUGUUUGAAAGAUCACCCCAGGAAGGGAGAGAAACUCACCCUAUCUCCAAGUGGUACACUGGCUGCUAUAACUGAUUCGCUUGGUCGCAUUUUGCUCCUGGAUACACAGGCACUUGUUGUCGUGCGACUAUGGAAGGGAUACCGUGAUGCGUGCUGCCUUUUCAUGGAGAUGCUCGUUGACCAAAAUACAACAACAUCAAGUACACCCUACUAUGAACAAUCGAAGAGCGAUUAUUGCUUAUGCCUAGCCAUCCAUGCUCCUCGAAAAGGCAUAGUUGAGGUCUGGAAGAUGCGAAUCGGACCCCGCCUCCUAACCAUUCAAUGUGCCAAAGGCAGCAAAAUCUUGCAACCCACACUGAGGUUUGGAUCAUCAUCAGCAGCAACCUCAUCAUCUUACAUUCCUUUGGAAGUUUUCCUGUUGAAUGGAGAUUCUGGACAGAUAUCAGUUUUGAACAGAUCUCUCUGUUAAGGAAUAAUCUUUAGCCUAUCUUAUCUUUAAUCAAUUGAAAAAAUAAUGUUAGUGGGCUUUGCCUUCUUGUGUUUGGUCGGUGCAAAUUUUAUUUUUUUGUAAAUCAUUGUCUUUCACAUCAAAGUCUCAUUGUGGACCAUGUUCAAGAAUUAAGAGUAGGUUGUAUAGUUCCAUGCAUCAGAGCAUGGCUUUUGCAUGGAAAAUUCCGUUAUUUGUU